CCCGGGCACUGGGCGAGGGUCUGGCACCGGAGUACCUCUCAGACCUGGAGAUUCGCCCCCAGACUCAGGCGGCGGAGCGCGGAGAGUGAACGCGCCUGGGCACAGGUGGGGCGGCUGCGCGGGAGAUUGGGGAACGCGGAGCCGCGGGGGCGCGGGCCCCGGGCGCAGACCCGGACCGAGGCAGCGCUGCAGCGCUUGCCCGCCGCCGGCCGCUCCCGGCCCCCGCCCCCUCGGUGCCGGCUGGCUCUUCGCUUCUCUCCGGCUGCGAACCAGACACAGCCACAGCCACCGCUGUCCGGAGCGCACCGGCCGGCUUCCUGCCCCCAGCGCCGGCACUGGAGGGGCGCAACGCGGCCACCCACCCGGAGGCGUUCGAGGAAGCGAGAGGGGUCCCCGCGUACUCGGGCCCCGGCGCAGCGCACGGUGAGCGCCCCCCGGGGCUUGGGGAUCCUUAACCGCGGGUCCCGGUGCCCAAGCCCCCGGGUGCCCGAUGGGGUCGCCCGGGGGGCGCAAGGCCGAAGUUGGGACCACGCGCAGCCCGCCCCUGCCGCCGAUCCCGACAUGCUGCCGCCGGGGCGCAACGGCACCGCUGAUCCGGCGCGGUUCGGGCUGCAGCAGCUGGCGCAGCCGGGCGGCGCGGGGGGCGCGAAGGGGGCGGCGCCGCUGGGGCCAGCUCAGGUGGUCACCGCCGGCCUCCUGACCCUGCUCAUCGUCUGGACCCUGCUGGGCAACGUGCUGGUGUGCGCGGCCAUCGUGCGGAGCCGCCACCUGCGCGCCAAGAUGACCAACGUCUUCAUCGUGUCUCUGGCUGUGUCCGACCUCUUUGUGGCGCUGCUGGUCAUGCCCUGGAAGGCGGUCGCCGAGGUGGCCGGUUACUGGCCCUUUGGGGCCUUCUGCGACAUCUGGGUGGCAUUUGACAUCAUGUGCUCCACCGCCUCCAUCCUGAACCUGUGCGUCAUCAGCGUGGACCGCUACUGGGCCAUCUCCAGGCCCUUCCGCUACGAGCGCAAGAUGACCCAGCGCGUGGCGUUGAUCAUGGUCGGCCUGGCCUGGGCCUUGUCCAUUCUAAUCUCCUUCAUCCCAGUUCAACUCCAUUGGCACAGGGACAAGGCAAGCUCCUGGGGCGCGGUGGAACCGCCAUCCAGCCUGGCCAACGGGACGCCCUGGGAGGAAGCGGGGGAGCCAGAGGUGAGGGUGGAAAACUGUGACUCCAGCCUGAACCGAACUUACGCAAUCUCCUCUUCGCUCAUCAGCUUUUACCUCCCCGUGACCGUCAUGAUCGUGACCUACACGCGCAUCUACCGCAUCGCCCAGGUGCAGAUCCGCAGGAUUUCUUCCCUGGAGAGGGCCGCGGAGCAUGCGCAGAGCUGCCGCAGCCGCGCAGCCUGUGCCCCUGACACCAGCCUGCGGACAUCCAUCAAGAAGGAGACCAAGGUCCUCAAGACCCUGUCGGUGAUCAUGGGGGUCUUCGUCUGCUGCUGGCUGCCCUUUUUCAUCCUUAACUGCAUGGUCCCCUUCUGUAGCGGACGCCUGGAGGGUCCUGGGGACAGCUUCCCCUGCGUCAGCGAGACCACCUUCGACGUCUUCGUCUGGUUCGGCUGGGCCAACUCCUCGCUCAACCCGGUCAUCUACGCCUUCAACGCUGACUUCCGGAAGGUGUUUGCGCAGCUGCUGGGGUGCGGCAGCCUCUGCCCCCGCACUCCGGUGGAGACAGUGAACAUCAGCAAUGAGCUCAUCUCCUACAACCAGGACACGGUCUUCCACAAGGAGAUCGCAGCUGCCUACGUCCAUAUGAUCCCCAAUGCCGUGACCCCGGGGGACGGGGAGGUGGACAAGGAGGAGGAGAGCCCUUUCGAUCGUAUGUCCCAGAUCUCUCAGACGUCCCCAGAUGGUGAGCCUGCCGCCGAGUCUGUCUGGGAGCUGAACUGUGAGGGGGAGCUCUCAUUAGGCAAAAUAACGCCUUUCACCCCAAAUGGAGUCCAUUGAACCUCAUAAGAAGUGCUCCUCCAGGAUCAACGUAACUGCACAGACAUGAACAAGCAUGCAGAAUACACACUCACCAACACGUUUCCAGGGCUGCUCAGUGGAUCACAUUUUCUGUGUCGGUGUAGUAGCCCAAGAGCUUAGAAACCUCACCAGAUUGAUUUGCUGUUGGAAGAACUGGCAGCAGCAUUUGGCAUGAACUCGAUCAAAUAUGCCCCAGCCUAGCAGAAAUGGACCAACGAUCCAGUUAGAGAAGAGAAGGUCAUGUUUGGUUCUUAAAAAAAAAAAAAAAGAGUAGUAGUAGCUGGUCUUUAAAAACUAUACUCUCUCUCCCCUCCCUUUUAAACAGAUUUGAUUGGUGACUUAUUUUUGUUUAGUUGAGUUUUAGACGACAGGUUCUAUGUGUGUGUAGUGCUGCUGGGGGUGUGUGUAGCUUUCCUGUAUCUUGUUGCCUGUGGCCCUGUGUUUAUGCAGUUUCUGCUCUGUGUGUGUCUUUACGACAGCUGAGGAACUCUUUCUGAUUUGUUCUGGUGUCUAAUAAACACAAUUAUGUGCAUGAUGGGGUGAUUAUCUUUGCUUUGCCAGAUUUGUUUUUAGGAUGGUUCCUGGAGAAACCAUGAGCACAUCCUUAAAAUGAGGGAAGAUUUUGGCUU